GCUAUGAAUUUUCAACCAUACCUCCAAAGCACGCGGCACACACUCCAUCCCGCCUUCGUUCCGCCCCGGCAUCGAUUGUGGAAAGUUUGUCAACAAGUCUCGCAUUGGAAGAAAAUUACAUUACAACCAGGCCUGUGGAAUUUCUCCGCUAUAAAUCCUGAUGGAUGCUGAACCUCUCAAGCAUGGUCUAUCCUUUCCAUUUCAAUUUCUUCAGGCUGGUCUCGAGACUUUCCCUCAUGGCCGGUGGUGGAUGCAAUAGAAGAUCCCUCACUAUUAAGCGAGUCAUGCUGAUUGGGUUCCUCCUGUGCAUAGGAGUUAUCCCGUUCUGCCUCUGCCUAGGCACUGAAGAUGGCUCCAAGGUGGGGGGAAGCUGCAUAGAGAGCGAAAGGAGAGCUCUCCUUGCCCUCAGAGCAGAUAUCUAUGACCCUGGUGAGUGGCUCUCUUCCUGGACGGGCCAAGACUGUUGCCAAUGGAGGGGUGUCGGCUGCGACAACACCACCAACGGCCAUGUGGUAAAGCUUGAUCUCAGCUACCCAUAUGUUUAUUUUGAUCUGUAUACUUGGGAACUAACUGGAGAAUUGCCUGGACCGAGUAAGGUAAAUCCUUCCAUAUCUUGCUUGAUACAUUUGAAGCAUCUAGAUUUGAGCAUGAACAACUUCUCUGGAGCAGCCAUCCCUGAAUUCAUUGGUUCUCUCGUGCACUUGGAGUACCUUAACCUCUCCAAUGCUUGGUUCGGUGGAGCCAUUCCUCGCCAGAUUGGAAAUCUCUCGAAGCUGCACUAUCUAGAUCUUGGGGGUUGGUACUAUUUGCGUUAUGAAGAUUAUCCAAAUGCUCAACUACGUGCUAAUGACCUUCAAUGGCUCUCUCGAAUCCCCCCUCUGCAGUACCUUGACUUGAGUUUAGCCAACCUCUCCAAAGCUUCAAAUUGGCUUCAUGAGAUCAAUAUGCACCCUUCUCUAUUAGUCUUGAAAUUAUCUUCUACUGGACUUCCUGGUAUUCCUUCGACUCUACAGCGUGUAAACUUCACUUCCCUCACCAUGCUCGAUCUCUCUUUCAAUAAUUUUCAAUCUGCCAUCAUCCCCCACUGGCUGCUUAAUAUUAGCAGCCUUGUUCACCUCGAUCUCUUUUAUUGCAAAUUUCCUGGGAGGUUAUCAAUUGUUGUAGAUCUAUUGGGGAAUCUCAACCGUCUGAAGUAUUUGGAUUUCUCUUGGAACAAUAUUACUGGACACAUUUCACAAUCUUUAUGGAAUAAUAAACAGCUGGAGUAUUUAGACUUAUCUUAUAACCAAAUUACUGGGCAGACUGCAGAAAUAUUUGGAAAUCUUAGCCAACUGAGGUAUUUGGACUUGGGUGAAAAUCAAAUUAGCGGCGAAAUUCCAGAAAACCUGAGAAAUCUUAGCCACCUUGAGUAUUUAGGUUUGUCUGACAACAGAAUCUGGGGAGAAAUAGCAAAAAUCGUUGGGAACCUUGCCCACCUGCAGCAUUUAGAUUUAUCAGAUAACAAUAUUACCGGACAAUUACCAGAGAACAUAUCGAUGCUCUGCAAAUUGCAGGAGUUGGACUUAUCAAAAAACACAAUUGGAGGAGAAAUCACAAGUCUCAUAGAAGGAUUUUCUAAAUGCAUCAACAAUAAAUUGAAUGAGAGAAGCUUUUUGCCGAGUUUAGAACUUCUUGACUUGUCCAACAAUAAUUUCAGUGGGACAAUUCCAGAAAGUUUGGGCCAGUUAUCUGGACUCAAAUAUUUACUUCUGUCUUACAACUCCUUCACUGGAAACUUGACUGAAGUGCACUUUUCCAACCUCACAAGCUUAUCUUACUUUACUCUAUCUUACAACUCCUUGAAAAUGAUCGUAAGUGACGGUUGGAUUCCUUCUUUCAAUGCUUCUUCAAUUUAUAUGUGCUCUUGCCAUGUGGGACCUAAAUUUCCUGCUUGGCUUCGAACACAGAUAAAAUUGAAGAGAUUGUGCCUCUCUGAAGCUGGAAUUUCAGAUCACAUUCCAUCAUGGUUGUGGUAUGGGGAUAUAUAUGACCUCAAUGUAUCCCAUAAUAGUAUGGAAGGGCAGCUACCAAGUUCUUUAGAGAGCCAUUUUUUUGAAUUACUUGAUCUGAGCUCCAACUGCUUUUUUGGCCCAAUACCUAAUCUGAAGGGGAGUUACAUGAUUCUCUCCAACAACUCUUUUUCUGGUCCCAUUCCCUUGAGCUUGAUUCUCCCCAACAACUCUUUUUCUGGACCCUUUCCCUUGAGCUUUUAUGAAAAAGAGGGUCUUAGCGUACUCUCUUUGUCCCACAACCAUAUAAAUGGAAGCAUCCCACAGUACCUUUGUAAUUGGACUUCAUUGGAGGUUCUUGACCUCUCCAAUAAUGAGUUAACUGGAGGAUUUUCAGACUGCUGGAUUUGUAACUUGACUUCAUUGGUGGUUCUUGACCUCUCCAAUAAUAAAUUAUCUGGAGGAUUUCCAGAUUGCUGGAGCAAGUCACAACGAGGAAUCUUUGGAGUACCAAAAAGCAAAAGAGUAGAAGAUACAUCUAGCACUGUGGCAUAUCCUCUGGAACUCCAAUCUUUGCACAUGAAAAACAAUAGCUUGUCUGGUGAAUUUCCUUCCUUCUUGAGACUUUGUAAACAUUUAGUUGUUCUUGAUCUUGGUGAAAAUAGAUUCUCAGGCAACAUACCCACAUGGAUUGGAGAAAGCCUCCCAUCUCUAAGAGUUCUUCGUCUAAGAUCAAAUUUCUUUGAUGGUAAUAUCCCGAUGCAAAUAUCUACUCUGUUUUUUCUUCAAGUUUUGGACUUGGCAUGCAACAAUUUUUCAGGAAAUUUGCCAUCAACUUUUGGAAAUUUUACUACCAUGGUUGAGAUACUGGAAGGAAGCCAACCAAUGCUUUCAAAUAUUAGCAUAGUGCCAUAUUACGAAGAGAGUCUCUUGAUAGAUGCAAAAGGAUUAGAACUUUCAUACACUAGCGUGCUUUCACUGGUUACAAGCAUUGAUCUAUCACAAAAUAAGAUUUCUGGAGAGAUACCUAAUGAAGUGACAAAUCUCCACGGACUGCAUUUCUUGAACUUGUCUGGGAAUCAUUUUAUUGGAAAAAUAUCACAAAAUAUUGGUGACAUGAGGCAGUUGGAAUCACUUGAUUUAUCAAUGAACAAUCUCUACGGCCAAAUUCCGCAAACCAUGCUUGCUUUGAAUUACUUAAGCCAGUUGAAUUUGUCAUAUAACAACUUGUCAGGAAGAAUUCCAUCAGGGAACCAAUUUUGGUCCUUCAAUGACCCCUCCAUCUAUACUGGUAAUCAUAAUCUUUGUGGACAGCCACUGUCAAAUUGCCCUACUAAUGCACCUCCACAUCAAGAAGAGGAAGAAGUAGAUGAUGAUGACUCUGAUAUGAUAUGGAUUUAUGCCAGCUCAGCAUUGGGAUUUAUCAUGGGAUUCUGGGGGUUCGUUGCCGCAGUGAUGAUCAAAAAGGAGAUCAGGAUUUCUUAUCUUCGAUUCAUCGACAGAUAUGUGACUGGGUUUAUAUAGAAUUAGCAACAAAAUUUGCCAAGCUAAAGUUUGUCAUAGAGAAGAGCAACCGCAAGCGCAGCUCAGCAGUUCCGGAUGGUUCUACAAUUAUAUAAAUAUUUGAAUGAUGGUGGGAACGCCUCCAGUCCAAAUAUAGUUCUGGUUCAGGUCAAAUCUGAGUUUAGGUUGACCUCAUGCUGGAUUUCUGGCUCCUCCGAGUUUAAGUCAGUUUCCUACGUGCGUUUGGUAACAGUUGAUUUGCUAAGAAGAAAAGGAAAUUUGUGGUGCAAAGUCAAGCCUGCUUUCGAAGUGAUGAUCGAAGGAACUUGAGGAGCACUAGAAGCAAAGGCAAAACAAGAUUCAGGAUCAAGCUCACAGAUGCCAGAGCAAACUCUUUCUUUUAUACUCUGAGCAUCUGAUACAACUAGCAUUUGUUGAAAUUGACUGUAAAGCAUAAAUAAUAAAUAUGUUCUAUAUCCUACAACUGUCACCGAUUCUACUGCCUCGAUCAACUAUGGUCAAUGUACAAAUCUAGCUUCAAUUUAUGCUGUCAGCUUUCCAACCUGCAAAUGGUGCAAGUAUUUUUGAUGUCGAAUGUAGAUGAUUAAAUAUUGCAGUAUCUAAAAAAUAAGAGUAAAACACACACUUCCGCUUAUACAACUUCUCAUCAUGCAGAUGCACCACAUUUACGCUUAUACAACUAAAAACAUAAUGAGAGUAAAAGAAACUUUGUAGUUUGAUGUUUUUCCUUUUCCUUUCUGCAAUUUAUCAGCUUUUGAAGUCCUACUGAGAACACUGCAGAAAAUAUAACUUAUUAAAACCCAGUACCAGA